AUGACGCCAAACACAGAAUCAUCAGAAUCCCCACCCCCGCCAGCAUCUGAAGCUAUUCCAGCCGAGCCUUCUACAGACGAGGCUAAUAAGUCAAAGGACAUGGCCCCGUCGCUACAGUCGACUGACUCCAAUUCAUCUAAACCCCCUGAGCCCUCUGAGCCUCCUGAACCCCCUGAACAACCUAAUGAGAAUGAAGCGGCAAAAGUGGCGGAUAAGCAGGCAGAAAAGGUUGAGAUCAUAUCGUCGACUGAGUCAGAAAGCAUACCUUCUUCGGGUGAACAGUCCAACGAGCAAAAGACAAAGGAGCCGGCUUCGGAACCUGCCCCUAAGGCUGAGAUUUCCGAGUCUUCUCAAUUAGAGAAAUCAGGUGUAGCUGCUGAUACACAUCCGAUCAGCACUACUGAGAGCGAUGCACCUGCGGAUAUACAAAAGCCUGACGCACCAGCCCUUAAUACCGAUGAAUCUAAACCCGACAUAAGCAAGCAGGGUGCAGACGUGGCCAGUGAAACUAAUAGAGACGUUCUCGGUGAAGACAACGACCAAGAGACCACGCCAACCACAAGCGUAGAAGCUAUAUCGGAGCCUCAAACAGGGGAAGCUGCGGAUGAGCCAACAGUUGAGCCUGAAAAGUUGAAAGAUACGCCCGAGGAGAAUUCGAAAGAAGAAAGUAAUGAUCCUCAAGAUGCUGCUCAUGAAAGCGCAUCUAAUAGCGAGUCAGACUCGGGCGCCACCGUCGAGAUAAGCGAGCCCCUUGGCGAGUCAAAUUCGGAUACGAAAACAGCUCAGGAAAGCAACGAAGCGGGAAAACCGGCCGAUACACAAAAGGCCGAAACGCUUGAGGGCGUCAAUGAGGCACUACCAGACGGGGUUCCUACCAAUGGCACAGGCGAAACCCUCGACAAGUCUGAGGACCCUCAAGAUCCUAAAACAGAAUCAAACGAUGAGAAUACUACGACUGAAGAAAAAGCGCCAUCACCUAACAAUAAAGAUGAGCUUAGUGGCGAGGAUAUCAAGCAAGAGGCUUCCAGUGAUCCAGAGCCGUCCGAGGUCGCUCUAGAGGAUCCAAAUGCCUCUAAAUUUGAGAAAACGACGCCAGCUACUACUGAGCCGGUGACCGAGCCACAAGAACAGAUCAAUAACAACGAAGAGACUAAACUUCUAGAAGUCAAGGAUGACGAGAGCCAAUCUGCGAUUAAUCCCGAUGACGUCGCAACCCCAAAGGAGACCGUCAAUGCGGACUUAAAGGAUAUGUCUACGGCAUUACCGCCAGAGAGUGAAAGUGCCACCCAGGAAGAUAGCCCAACCAAAGAGAAUCCCGGGGAACUCGCCGCUGUGAAAAGUCAGGAACAGGCAGAGCCAUCCGAACAGGUUGCAUAUAUCCCAGACCCAGUCGCUAUCGGUAUUCCAGAGAUUCCGGCUGUCCAGUUAAAUGACAACGCGGAGAAGCUCCCUGAAACUGGUUUGGAGCCCACAGAAGGAUCUAAGGACCUAAAGGUAACCGAUGAGGCAGCCCCAGAACAAACAGAGACGAGUAAGGUUGAUAACGUCGAAUCUGCUACCGGGGAGUCGGUCAAACCUCAAGAACCUGAGAUUGCUCUUGGCCCUGAAGCUAAAGAACAGCCUAUAGUCUCUGAGCAAACGGAUGCCGAGUCCUUAUCCGCGCCUAAUGAUAUCUCCGCACAGGAUGAACCUAUCUCUCAAGAAUCUGUCCCCGAAGAGUCCGUUCUUAAGGCGCCAAUCUCUGCAGAACCCGUUUCAGGAGAACCGGCCUCUCCAGAACCUACUUCUGAAGGGGUCGUUUCAGAAGAAAUCGGUUCUUCAAAUUCCGACUCUCAAGACCCUAUUUCUCAAGAAACUGCCACGAAAGAGGCUGUUAGUGAAGAACCCGGCAUCCAAGAGUCCACUUCCCAAGAAGCCACCCCCAAAGAGCACUUUCCCAAAGACCCGGCCCCUCAAGAACCUAUUACCCCUGUUUCUGAAGACCCCGUCCCUCAGGAAGCCGCCCCUGAAGAAAAUAUCUCCCUUGAUACUCCCCAGGAAAAUGCCUGUCAAGGAACAGUCCCUACAGAACCUUCCCCGCAGGAACCUACUUCUGAAGAGUCUGCGUCUCAAGAAGCAGUCCCUACAGAAACUAUCUCUGAAGAUCUGGCCUCUAAAGAAGUUGCUAAAGAACCCGCGCAAAACUCAGGCUCUCGGGAACUCAGUUCUGAGCAAACUGUUCCACCAGAGUUUGCUUCCCAAGAAGUCGUUCCCGAGGAACUUGCUGAAAAUCCUGCCCCUCAAAAUCAUGCUUCUGAAGAUCUCGUUCCUCAAGGGUCAGACUCCCAAGAACCCGUUGUCAAAGAACCUGUUUCUCAAGACAAUAGCCCUCAAGACCCAGUCUCCCAAGAUUCUGUACCUCAAAAAUUUGCCUCUCAAGAGCCCGCUCCCCAAGAGUCGGCCAGUGAUGAUCAGAGCCCACCGCAGGAACCCGACCCCCAAGGUGAAACUCCGGUAGUAUCCCAAGAUGAGGUACAAGGCUUACCGGAAACAUCUACCGAAGAGGUUGGGCAAUCCACUGUCCUGGAGGCAAAUUCGCCCAUUAAUGACGGUGAUAAGCAACUAUCGGAUCAGCUAAAUACUCAGUCCAAUGCUAACAAUGACAGCGAUGAGCAGCCAAUUUCUGAAUCAGCUCCGGAGUCCACUAAUGAGCCCAUACAAGAGACCACUCGAGGAAUAACUCCUUCUGAGCCGCCUAUCCCAAGCGAGGAUAACUCAUUUGACCCGCCUCCAACAGGUUCGGAUGACAAGAAGAUAACCGAUGCCCCCGGCUCAUCAUCCGAGGAUGAAUUUGUUAUCGUCGAUAAAAUAGACGAUGAAGUGGAUAAGGUUGUGGACAGCCCAGAGCAGCGGAAACAACCAAGCGAUGAGAAACCAAAUGACUCCUCACAACUAGACCCUGAGGAAGAACAUCAAAUUAUAACCCUGAAUGAGACUGUCAGCCAGGAUCAUCAAAGGGAAGAUGGGGGUUCGUCUCCUGAUCAAUCCCAGGAGCUUCUAGGAAAUGGGGAUGACGAUAUAUCCAACAAUGCGCAGCCUCGUGAUCCUAGCAGUUCAAGUGCCGAAGCAGUUAUUUCGAAGCCUACUUUGGAACCGUCUCUCCCAGAAGAUACUACAUCAGCUCAGGUAGACAAAGAACAUGAACAAGAGGUCGAGAAACAAGAACCCGAUCAGCAUGCGGGUAUUCUCGCCGAACAGCAGACUGAAUCGCACGAUGGCGUGGAAGCUCAAGAGGAAGAAGAAACGCCCCAAGAAUCCACCCCAGAGGUUACCAAUGACCAAACUGCGGAUGCCAAUACUGAUUUACCAGGACCCCCCGUCGACAGCAAUUCACAAAGCGCCGGCGUAAAUGAAAAGGAGAAGCCUAUUGAUCCUAGCGCAUCUAGGUCGGAAGUAAUCGUUGAGUCUGAGGACAUAGUUUCGAAGGAUGAUCCAACAGAGCCUCUCCCCGAUGUCGGGAAGGAGGAUGUCGAAGAAAAAGCAAUAAUUAAGCAUGAUCCCGACAAUGGGGUGACUCAGUCAACCCCAGCAGACGAGGCUACUAUUGAUGACCAGGCAGCUCCUAAAUCCGAGGUGCCAGCUCUGAAUGACGUUUCUCCCGGCCAGUCCGAGUCUGAUCUUAACGAAACUACUCCUUUAGUCAAGGCUGAAUCACGCCCAAUUGCUCCUACAGAGCCAGAGUUGUCUCGGCAGAUGGAAAACAAACAGGCAUCUGGUAGUCAGCCAGGUCUUGAGACUGGAUCCCCACCCAUAUAUCUUCCAGAAGAUCCCGUGGAAGUGCCAGCCAGUUCGCAAGAAACUGAAAAACAACCAGAUCAAACCCCACUCCCUGAAAAUGAGUCGGAUGGCGAAAAACUACCUCAAGAGGCUACAAACCUCGGUAAAACAAAUGGUGAGGAAGAAACAUCGAAGGAAAUACAUUCUCCAGACCAAGCAGCAGAACCAGUAUCCGUCGAUUCCGAGACAGAAAACCACGAUGACCACCAGUCUACCCUUCCAUCUAGCCUUGGACAAGAAGAGCAGUUAGAUUCAAAAUCAGGCCCAAUUCUAGAAGAAGCCGAACAGCCCGGCGAAAAUGAAAAGCUUGAAGAGGAAGGGGAGAAGAGUACAGAGGAACAAGAAAAGGCUCACGAGAUUCACCGUGGAACCCUGGAGCCCGUUGAGAUGCCGUCGGUCGUUUCACAAGAUCAGACCAGCCUAGAUCAGACUGAGCCAGACACUUCAUUAUUGGCUGAGCCCAAGGAAUUGAUAUCUCAACCGCUUACCGUGAAUUCUCGGGGAUCUGUGGCUGAGGAUAAAGGAGAAGAGGCUAUUGACAAAGUACAGGAGCAGGAGCCCGCGUCCUCACCUUUACCAACGGAAUCUCUAACCGAACCCCUACAAGCGUCUAUUCAUGAGGAAAGCGAAUCGCGAGAUAUAACACCUUCGGAGUCAGCCUUGGCUCAAGAAACUAAAGCUGAGCAAGAUUUGGAUUCCCAUGGGGAUGCAAGUUCUGGGUCUUCACAAACUCCUCUCGAUCAUGAAUCGACCGUUAUCGGAGAGUCGGAUCCAGACCCAACACCCAAUAAGGUUAUUCAGGGAGAGCCAGUCAUUCCCGAGAAAGUAAAUACGGAGGGUCAGAUAAUUUCCGAUGAGGAAACUUUCGUCGAGCAAACAUCUGUUUUCCCUGUUAAUGAUCAAGUCUCUGUCGGAAGCCAGAAUUCUCAAGACCAUGUCUCUGUUGACCCAAUCUCCACCAAAGAGCAAGCCACCGCGGAGGACAAGCCAAAAGAAGAAUCUCUAACCGAACUUCCUGUGCCAAGUCAGCCCCAGAAAAACGAGGCAGAGGAAGCCGCAAAUAACAACAGCCAAGCUGUUCCGGAAGAGCUCACUAUCGAGGUAGCAGAUAAGGUUGAUGAAGAGCCUGAGGCUUCUGAGCCAAUUCAAGGGCAAGCCCCUGCCGAGAGUCAAGUCCCUGUUGACAAAAUGCCUACCGAAGACCGUCCGGUGGAAGUUAAACCUACGGAAGAUACGCCUCCAGAGGACCAGGCCCCUGUUGGGAGCCAAUCCCCUAUCGAGAGCCAGACCUUUAUCGACGACAAAGAGGUUAUCGAUAACAGCACACCCGUUGUUCCUAACCCUUUAGAAGAUAGUUCUAAUGAUACUAUUUCGGUAGCAGUUGAGUCGCCUACGGAAAAUUCGCCUGAUCAGCCGCCCGAGUCUGACCUACAUAAACCUCAAAAUCACGAAUUAGAUACUGCGGAGCCUAGUGACACAUCAAACGAGUUGGAUAGGGAGCCUAUAGUUUCUGGACUCACUGAAGGCCAAAUUCCUGACAGGCCAGUCUCUAAGCCUAUUGCAGAGGCUAACACUGAACAGUCCUCGGGAGAAGAAACAAAAGGAGAGUCAAUGAGUACCACCAUUGUGCUUGAUAUGCCCCAGAAGAACGAAUUGAGCGAGGGUAUAGAUCCUGAAAAUAAGUCCAUUCCCGAGGAACCAGCGGUAAUUCACGUACAAGACAACCAGAAUGAGGAGCCCAAUACCCCUCUAUCAGAUUCCACCACCGGCGAACAAGUUUUCCCACAAGAAGCCGAGUUAUCGAGCGAGUCUAUUGUUCCGAUCCAGCCACAAGAGAACAAAGAUGCAGAGACCACUAGUCCUAGGGAAAAUGUCGUCUCGGAGGAAGUAGAGGCAGUUUAUAUACAAGACAGUCAGAGCGGAGAACCUGAUUCCAAUCCAUCAGAUCUUUCCACCCAGGAUCCGACUCCUUCACAAGAACCUAAUCCCGUAGAUCAAAUUUCUACAAGAUCAGGUGAUAAGGCAGAAGUUUUACUAAACAUAUCUUCAGGUGAUACUACGCAGCCUACUAUUACUGAUUCGGAGCCUCCCGUUGAUGGUGGCAGCAAGCAACUUCAUACCCAGGAUUCUGAGGGUGACGCACCGGAUGAAGAUAUUAACGAUCCGGAACAGCGGGAAAUUACAUGUGAGGAACCAUCAGCGCCCAUCACUUCCCUGCAGCUUCCAGAUAAUAACGAUGAUAAUGCUGUCAAUGGGGCCCAAGCAGAACCAGAACAAGUCCAACCUACAGAAAGCAGCGAGCCAGCUAGAGUGGACGUGAUUUCAGAUAUUAAGGAGGCCACAAUCGACGAGCACCCCGCUCGUGGCACGAACGAGACGCUUAAUCUUGAGAAUGUGCCCCGCCUUGAGGUGACAGGAAAUGACUCGCCUAUCAUAGUCGAAAAGUUGGCGCCUCCAUCCCAUGAAAAGGCAGCUCAGAGCAUCGAAGUAAUUCAACAGGAAGCCGAGAGCCCGCCCAUAGCUAAACCUGAAGAAGCUGAGGAUUCCUCCAAGCAACCACAUAGUGAAACUACUGCAUCAGAUCAAUCCGAAAGAACCCAAGGAGGUGCUACAGGUCUUAGGGAUACAGCCAUACCGGAAGAGUCCCUUAAUGACACCAUUGUGCCAGAUCAAAACCAGGAGAAUAAAGAGGCGACUAGAGAUCUAGGCAAAAAAACUAUUGUAGUUGAACCUGUCAUUAAUAACAGCCCAAGGGCUAUAAGAGCGCCCAAUGGAAAUACCAGAGUGAUCAAAGAGGUUCAAGCUGAGAAAGUACGAAGUGAUGACGAGAGCAAGGAUACCGUUGGGCCCAUCCCGACUGACGGCGGGCCAGUCCGGAAGGCCCCGAAAGGUGAGGAGCAGUUGUUUUCAAGUUUAGUAGGAGAUACCCCUGGCAUUGGAGCGAAUGAUUUUGAUGAUACCCCCGAGUCAGUUCCAGAGCGUUUGUUUUCAGUUGAGGAAGUGAAGGUUUCAGGGAAGGACAGUCAAGAUAUUGCAGAUGCGCCCGAUCCAAUCCAGAUCGGUGAAAGUUUAUAUACCGGCGAGUCAUCUCCGGAGCCUCGGGAGGAUAUUAAGAGCCUCAUUAGAUCAUCGACCCAGGAUCGCCCCCAGACGCUAAGCGAACAGAGCGAAGAUGCUAAGCUUAUUUUUGUUUCUGCCCUGGAAGUCCAGGAUGCAAUCGAGACUCAAAACCGAUCACUUGCACUUCAGGACAGCUCUAAUGAAGAAAUGGAGGUGUUCCCGGGAGUACGGCUGGGAGAAUAUGCAAGCAUUUCUUCUCCAGUGGAUGGCACAGCUUCUCCGCAAGUACAAGAAGAUGAAGGUAGUGGUUCGGAAAUACCAGAAGUACUUAAACUUAAUAUUAGGAGUGGCUCACAAGACCUUCCCGAAAUCACUGCAGAUAUUACGGACGAAGAUGAAAUUCUGUCCAGUAAUAAUAAUCAGGAGCGGACUAGUGAGGAACAACAAGGAGCAAUUCCUGAAACAUCUAUCAAUGAGCCAAUUGAAGAAUUUCAGGAUUCGAGCUUUGUCAAUAUCUCCAGCGUGGACCUUAAGAGCAGCCCAGAGCUUACACCUCAAGAACUAAAUAAGGAUGAGGAUCACGAUAUCUUAGCCUUCUCGAAGAAAUUACAACCUGAAAUCAGUGGCGUGGUCACCUCCAAGCCAUUGGGAACGGAUCAAGGUUCUGGAAGCAAGGAGUCAUCACCCCAGCAAAAGUCCAAGUUCAUUCCGUCCGAUACGCCUGAGGUAUUAGAUAUAACAAAGGCCUCCGAUGUUCCCCUAGCUUCCACGAAGGUGAAAAGGCUAGCAAAUAACUUAGAGGCCACAAGGGAUCACUCAAACAUGGUCAAAUUAGGAAUUUUCAGACCUACGGCAUUUACAGUCGCUGGUGGAGCGCUUGCUCGCAGAAACUUAGUAAAGAGUGACGAUGAGGAAGCAGCGUCUAGUCUACCACCCAACUCUGCAGAGGUCCUCGUGGAGAAACUGGCAGCACCUGAACCAUUAGCCGUAUCCCGCGACCUCGGUUCAUUAGAGAAGUCUAUCAGCUCUCUCCCAAGCGAAGGUGACGAGGAGUGCAGUUCGCUCCAAAAACCGUCUAAGCCAGCCGAUCCUUUCGAUGCACCUAUACCCACCAGAGACGAAUCGGACCGUGAAACCAAAAGCGUUCAGAAUGACCCCAGUCACCAAGCCGCCAAGUCCCAACAAGAGUUGGCUCGUGCUAUUACGCCCGAACAUCGCACCCCCGAAGAGCAAGCUGCCCAUGAGAGGCGUAAGGAAGAACGACGCGCUGCUCGUGAAGCGUACGAUAAGGCACAGGAGGAAAAAGGCAAGGACUUGGAGGCGCCGCCAAGUGAUCGCCACUCUUCCCACCGUAGCUCGAGACGGCACAGUAUAUCACACUCGGAAAGAUCGCAAGCUGAGAGGCGUUCCGAAAGGUCCCAGCCCGAAAAAUACUCCGAAAGGUCUCAGCCUGAGAAAUACUCUGAAAGAUCCUUCUCGGAAAGAUAUUCUGAAAGACCCCAGCCCGAAAGAUAUUCUGAGCGAUCUCACUCCGAGAGACACCCCGCCAAGGAGAGUGCUUCAUCCUCAAACAAGAGGUUUUUCGACAUGAGGCACGGCGAAAGCUCUUUGGCAUCGAACUACGUUCCUCGCACUAGAAGUAAUAGCACCAACGUUCCUCCUCCAGUGUUCAAAGAGCCAUCGAAAUCAUCAGGACUCCUUAGACGUACCAACACCGGCAAAUCUAGCAAGUCUCACCAAGAGUCCGGGGAAAUCCCCCGGCCCAGAAGCCAUAGGUCUUAUGACCAUGACCACGACCACGACCACGACGAGAACAACUCGCCUAAAAGACGCAGAUCCGAGGCAAAGAUUAGCGGCUCACUUGAGUCCACCAGCUCCAAAACCACUCCUCCCUCCCCUACUAAGGAUGAGCAUAGACAGUUGAGGCAAAAGGAGCGGCAGAAAGCUCGAGAGGCCACCGAAGCUGCCGAGGCUAAGAAAAAAUCUGGAAAGAUCCGCGCCGCUUUCAAGAAGCUCUUUUCUUAG